AUGUCUGAUAGGCAGACGGGUGUUGAUCCUUCCUUAGAUGUUGUGUGGCCAAAGGUACCAAGAAGGUACCGUGCAAGACAUUUGUGCAAGAACUUUAAAUCUGAGUACUGUGGACUUGUCAUGCAUAAGAUGUUUUGGACAGUGGUUAAGUCAUACUCAGCUUUCAGUUUCAAGAAGUCAUUAUUGAAACUCCAAAGCACUGUUGGUUUAGGUGCAGUUAGAUGGUUUACAAAUAUUGGUCCCUUAGAUAGGUGGGCUAGGUGGAAAUAUGAUCCAACUUUGUGCAAUGAUGAAUGUACAAAUAAUUUUGUUGAGAGCUUUACCUCAAGUAUUGGAGCUGACAGAUGUUACCCCAUACUAACUUUACUAGAAGGUAGUAAUGUUGGUUUGCUGUUAUAUAGGGUGAGGAGGGUAGCCAUGGUAAGACAUGAUACCAGACAACACUUAAGUGAAAUAUGGGUAGAUAGAGUGUGUCCUAACAUCAGAGAAAAACUAAGGGUAAUAAUCAAAGACUCAAGGACAUGUCAUGCCUACCCAUCAGGUAGAGGGGUGUAUGAGAUUCAUGAUGAUAGAAGUGUAUUGCAUGUCUCACUCACCAACAGAGCUUGCAUCUGUGGAAGAUGGCAGAUAAUUGGCAUCCCAUGCAAGCAUGGAGUCAGGGCCAUAUUGGAUGUUGGGAAGGAACCACUUGACUUUGUUAGUGAGUGGUUUUCAGUGUUAAGAUAUAAACAAGCAUACAGGGGUAAUAUCUCCCCCAUCCCAGAUCAAGAACAAUGGCCUGAGAUGGACUUGCCCAAGCUUACUCCACCUGCCAUGAAAAGAGGAAUAGGAAGACCUUCUAGAAAUAUAAUGAGGGAGGAAGGAGAGCAACAAAAGGGGAAAAGAAACACAAUAGUUCAAUGCAAGAAAUGCGGAGCUUUUGGGCACAACUCCAAAACCUGUAAAUUAAAGGAGAGAGCAACAGGGAGGUGGAUUACCAACAAAAGAGGGAAAGGGAAAAAAAAGGGAAAGACAUUGGCAAGAGGGAACAUCUCACAAGAUGAGGCCAAUGAUCACAAUCUCAUUGAUUUCAUGAUGUCACAAUAA